GCGGGACUUCCGGCUUGAGAGGGGAUGUUUGUUUGUUUGGAGGGAAGUUUGACUCAAAGACUCGAUCACAGCAAAACACGAGAAUAAACAUCCGCUGAACUUUUCUCACGGCUCGAAAACAACUUCCCUCCGAGUACUCAGGAUGCGGAAACAAUGAUUUGAUGGUCCACUCUUGGUUCAUCGUAUAAAACACUAGUGCCUCGCGACCCUUAAUGAGUCAAUGGCGUUCACAGGAUGUUUGUCGCUCUUAGCCCCGCUAGCUAACGUUAGCCUCCAUUGAAAGCCUGCCACGGCUCGGCUGCACGGGUUCAGGCCGCGGGCUGAAGAUGAAGGUUCGCGGUCAGAGAUGGUAAACGGACCUAGAUGAUCAUGGAUCGAAGGAAGAGGAGUCUGGAGGAUCAGCUGUGUAAAGCUGUGAACGAUGGAGAACCCAGAUCUGUGCAGCUGCUUCUUUCACAAGGCGCUCGUCCCGACCUGUUGGGUUGUGAAGGGGUCACUGCGAUACACUUGGCUGUUGGCAAAGAGACGGAGAAGAACACGCGUUGCUUGAAAAUGAUGCUGCAAUAUGGAGCGGACCCCAAUAUUAGGUCGUCCGAGGGCCUGACUCCUCUUCACAUUGCUGCACUGUGGGGAUGUUAUCAAAAUCUGAAGAUGCUCUUGAUGAAUGGAGGAGACCCAAACAUCACAGACAAUAAAGGGAAUACACCAGGGCAGCUUGCAGUGCAACAGGAGAAUCGAAAAUGUGGCCUUCUCCUCCAGGAAUACCAGGCCAGCUCAGUAGAAACAGAGGAGGACGACUUUCCUCAAUUUCAGUACUCUGUGUAUUCAGACCAAACAGACACGUCCAGCUAUCCUGCCUCAGACUACAGCUUCAGUUCCCACUCGUCUAUGAUAAGUGACUUUGGUGAAGCCCCAUUAAGCAGCACAAGGCGCUCAUCAUUUUUUAACCUUGCUAACAUGAACGGGAGGCCAAGUUGCAGAGGAGUAUCACAUAACAGACUUUCUAAUGUGGACUCAAUGAGACAUCACAACCAGGACUGGAACAGUUCCUUUGCACACUGCGCAGCUGAAGGUCCCUCCAUACUAUCAAGCACUCGCAUGUCUGCAGUGGGACUGCCGAUCCUUAUGGAGAAUGAGUUAUUUACAAAUGAUGAUGUGUUCAAGUCAAAAGCAAAUGCCCAUGCUGAGGGCAGAAUCUCUCCCUCUAGAAGAAACACUCUCCCAGCACUGCCCUCUAGGGGUACAAGUCGCAAGAGCGUGAGCUUCAGGGAUGUCGAUGAAUUUUUCCCUGUUUUUAGUCCCGAAUCUCCCAAACAGCAGCACCCUGUCGAUGGCAACCAGUGCACCAGCAACUUAACCUUUGACCUUUCUGAGUACUCUGACUUCCUGGAUUCAGAACGUAUGGCCACUGUUUUACACAAGCAGGGUAUUGACGUCACAUCACCGGAUCAUGUCUAUGUUUUCUGCAGGGAGAGCAGCACGAGCACAGAAGAGGACAUGGAGAAAACAGUCAUCAGUCGUUGUGCUUUGGAAGGGAGUGAUGAUGAAGAGGAGAGGGAAACAGUAAAAGUGGCUCAAGUUAAUGUAGCUGAACAGCCAGCACGGCCCUGUGGGAGCAGCAGCGGCACAGCUAGUAGUGAUUACAGUAGCUGUGAGAGUGACCAUUACACCAGUGCUCUGGAUGCGUCUGUACAACCCAGACAUGUUUUAAACCCUGCAGAGGAGGGGGCGUCUGUCGGGCAUGAAUCUGCCAAAAAACCUGAGAUUUCUACAGACUGUGAUUCUGGAUGUAUGUGGCGAGCUGGGAAUCUCACUCCUGUUAAACCCCACAUAGAUUCCGAACCUGAAACUACAGAGCAUUUACAGAAAAUCCUUGAUAAACUGUCCAUGUGUGAGAUAAAAUCCCCAAACAAUUAUGCGUUUGCAUGUAAUGGUCCUGUUGUGGGUACUUCAGGUGAAGGUGGUGUUGACGAGGCGGCUACAGAGCUAACGACAGAUGCCAGAUCUGAUGAUGCAGUUCAGGUUUUAGAGGAAGUAGCUGAUCUCCUGUUCACGCCAAGUCCUUUCGUAACUGGCAGGACUCGCUCCAGGUUGAGUCGUUGCUCACAGAGAACAAGCAAAACGCCAGAGAGCCUCCUUCUCACAUCAUCUCUGUUUGAGGAGACCCUGCCUUCACCAGUUCGAACACGCCACCAGACGCCGAGGUCUCAGAGCACUAAAGACUAUUACAGUUCACCACAUGUGACUCAUUAUACGCCAUCAUAUUUAGGGAGUAGCACAGGAGGAGACACCUUACCUGCAGAUUGCAAAGACACGCAGUCCAGCACCCUGAGAGCUGGUUCAAGUGUUAGCCAUAGCCAAGAGGAUACCAUCAUCCUCCCCAAAAGUGUAACUGAAUCACAGACUUUGUCAGAUACAGUCCUACUGGGGGAAAACCAGGACUCUGUAAUGGAUGCUUAUGAAAAAAACCUUGCAGAAGUUUUGCUUGCUAUGCGAGGCCAAGACAGGGAUGUUGCUGAAAGUUUGGAUUUUAUGACCGAUGAUUUGAUGAGUACAGAUGAGGCAACAACAAAGGGAAACGUAAAUGAUAACCUUGUAGAGGCCAGAAGCGACAGUGUAAAAAACGAAGAUGUCUGGAUCACUGAGGACUGCAGCUCUCAGCCAGGCUCUGUGUCAUCUUCAUCCAGCUCAAGUUACUUUUCCCCCAGGAGGUCCAGGGAAGACUCUGACCCGGCGAGCACCCCAGGCACAGGAUGCACCCCGAGGUACAGCAUGAGCAGACUGUCGAACUGUCACAGACCACAGCACCUGGCAAACCUGUCUUACACACCCGGAGGGCGUCCGCUCAUUCAGGAUCUGGAUGAAGCGGUGGAGUACCUGUACACUGAUACAGAACAGGGCCACAAGUUGAUCGAGACCCACGUCCCGCCGACUGCGAACACCUCGCUCAGCUCCAGCAUAAGUACCACCACCACCAGCAGCAGCGAGGAGACCAUCCUUUAUGACUGGCGCUCCAUGCAGACGGAAUUGAUGACCAGCGGAGGCAAGGAGAAUCAGAAGCCUCAGAUUGUGAUAAAGAAAGAGAAACACGAUGAGGGGAGGAGUAAUUUCUUGCCAGACACUAAAGGGAUAACGGACCGGGAUCUGAGACUGAGGCUCGUCGAACUGGGGGAGAGUCCGGGUCCCAUCAGCAGCCGCACCAGGCCCACCUACAUGCGAAGGCUGCUCCGUCUGUUGCAGGAGUCCCAAUCACCGCAUCACCAGAAGCAGUCGGACCAGCCGCAAACUGUUGGUUUCGGUUAUAGUCCAGAGUUGUGUCGGGCCCUGCAGACCUUCCAGCUGCCAGAUUGUCAGACUGACGAGCAGGAUUUAUGCCACCAGUUUGAUCAACCAGAUCAAAACAGGAAGUGGAGGGAGGGCAUCAUCAAGUCCAGCUUCAACUACCUGCUGCUCGAUCCAAGAGUGACGAAAAACCUCCCGUUCCGCAGUCACACCUUGACUCCACAGGAGUGUUUCCAGGCUUUUGUCAACGCCAUAUUUUAUGUGGGGAAGGGGAAACGCUCCCGGCCUUACAGCCACCUGUAUGAGGCUUUAGAGUACUACAGAGGGGACAAGACCUGCAAGAAACUGUGCCCCAAAGUGCAGCACAUCCUCCAGGUGUGGGACGCCGGGCAGGGCGUCGUCUCUCUGCAUUGUUUUCAGAACGUUAUUCCAGUGGAGGCUUACACAAGAGAGGCCUGCAUGGUGGAGGCCAUCGGUCUGAAGAUGCUCACCAAUCAGAAGCGAGGCGAUUUUUAUGGCGUGGUGUCCAACUGGCAGGUGAAGCGUAAAAGGGAGCUGGGCGUCCAUAUGCUCUCCCGGGCCAUGCAGAUCUUCCUGGCUGAGGGCGAGAGGCAGCUCAGACCAGCAGACAUCAGACAGUAGCGACCUCUACAGGAGAGGGGUAUGAACAGCAACAAAACACCAACACAGGGAAAUACCACUAGGAAUAAAAAAGACGGGUUUUAACCUCAGGAUCCCUUUGAGCUGUUUGUUAUUAUUAUAUCUAGUUUUCCUGUCUUACAUGUGACAUCCUCUGGUAUAAAUAUUUACAUGCUUUGAAUUUGUCAUAGAAGAUCAUCUUGCUUAUACUGUAUAAAAAUUAAGGGAAAACGUGGGAGUGUGGAGAUGAGCAUUAUGAUAAAAUUCAGAAUCAUAACUGCAUCUCUUUCAUCAGUCAGGAAAGACAUUUUAACAAAAACAUUCUUCCCAGUGGGACACUUUUCAUCUCAUGUGCUGCAAUGAUACUUUUAAAUUGAUCCACAACCAAAUUCAAAUAUCUUACGUAGUGUAAUCAGAUUAACUGGUGCUGCACUGAUCUUAUGUGUUCAAGUAUUUUCCAAAGAGGCUUUAUCAUGUUAUUUUUGUAGUGUAAAAAAAGCUGAUGGUGAAUUAAUUAGAGGCCAACAUUUCGUACUUACUACUUAGUUUGAACUUAAAGAAACUCGAUGUCUGUAAAAAAGAUUUGUUCACGUGACUGGUUUCACAUUUCUUUUCUUGUAUAUUUCAAAUGUUUUUACAGAUAAGCCACUCAUGAUGUAGCCUUAUUGGUGUUUUGUAUGUGUUCAAUUCUUUUAGGAAUUUCAAUAUAAUCAGACGUGUGUAGAGACAGGAUGCUUUAAUCUUUCGAUAGUACAACAGAACUUAAAAUCUUCAGAUUUCCAAGUUAGUCACAGAAUUAGUUAGUGUUAUUUCACAUGUUGUAGUGUAGAGUAGGCUAUUCAAACAAACCGGUUUUUAAUGGCUGUUACAACUGAAUGAAAAUUUGAGAUUUGACAUUUGUUUAAAAUAUGUUUUUCAAACAGGUUGGUAGGUAUCAAAACUCUUAAUUACCUCCUCAACGUAAAACACCGUAAAACACCGUAAAACACCGUAAAACACCGUAAAACACCCUCUACAGCAUUAUCACUUAAUUAUGAAAUGAAUUGCGUGCAAACAAUUACCUUUAUUGAUUAAACUUUAAAGCUAUUUUAAUAGUAUGUGGAUUAGGAUGUAGAGACACUUUAUCGGAUUCCAGGUAAAACAUAAAAACUCCCUUCAUUGUGAUCAAUGUUUUCUAGUUUGUCAGUUGUGUAGAAAUAGUUUCCCUUGUUUCAUGUUAAUAACGAAAAGGAACUUCUGCUGUAUUCCUUAUUUUCCCCUUAUUUUGCAUUUAUGUAAAAGAAAAAAAAUACAGAAGACAUAAACUUGAA